AUGGACAAACUGGACAUGGGUAGCUGUUCUACAAUAAACAAUGACAUCGAUGUUUCCCUGUAUUUUGAGUUUUAUGAAGGGCCUUUGGAAUACAACUCUACCAAAUGCCUGGAAUUAUGGCAGGACAUCAUUGAGGUGAAGGUUUUGUCUAUGUCUACUUUGUUGAGGUGUUUCAAUGCCCCUGGCUUUCUGCUCACCACCCAGAAAAAUACUCCCUUAGGAACUAAACUGAAAUAUGAAGUGGAUACUAGUGGAAUCUUCCAUAUCAACCAAGAACUCUGCAAAAUGUUUCCAAAACAAGAUAUGCCGUACCACCACUCCCAGUUUAAGAAGUGUGUGGUGGUUGGGAACGGAGGAAUUCUGAAGAACAGUGGAUGUGACCGGGAGAUUGACAGUGCAGACUUUGUGUUUCAAUGCAAUUUGCCUCCUAUAUCUGAGAAAUACUUUAUGGACGUUGGGGUAAAGACGGACAUUGUGACUGUCAAUCCCAGUAUAAUUACUGAGAGAUUCCAUAAGCUGGAAAAAUGGAGGAAACCCUUCUACGAUGUGCUCCAGGUCUACGAGAAUGCUUCUGUGCUGCUGCUAGCUUUCUACAAUACUCACAACAUGGACGUUUCAAUACGGGUCAAAUACGUCCUGGAUGAUUUUGAAUCUCAACAAGCCAUUUAUUACUUUCAUCUCCACUAUCUCAUCAACAUCUUGCGCUACUGGUUCGGUCAAGGGGUCCGGGCCAAGCGGAUUAGCACUGGACUGAUCCUGGUGACUGCUGCCCUGGAGCUCUGCAAAGAGGUCCAACUUUUUGGCUUUUGGAUCUUCCCCAUGAACCCCUCAGGGAUUUUUAUAACUCACCACUACUAUGACAAUGUGAAACCUUGCCUUGGUUUUCAUUCUGUGCCCUCAGAAAUCUUCAACUUCCUCCACACACACAGCAAGGGGAUCCUGCGGGUUCACACAGGGACCUGUAGCUGUUGUUGA